AUGUCGCAUAUUUCUUGCAUGGGCCUCCUUGCCCAUAUUUCUGCCCUGUGGGUGUUUCAGUCCAAGGCUUACCUGGGAGGGAGUGGGGCCAGGGCACUCCCAGGUGUUUUCACAAUCCCUUCUCACACCCCCAUGCAAUCCUAUUCCCCCUUCCCCCUCUUCCCUCUGUUUCUUCACCCCACGCCCUCCUAUGUAAGCCUCCUUGCCCACAUUUCCGCCCUGUGGGUGAUUCAGUCCAGGGCUUACCUGGGAUGGAGUGGGGCCAGGGCACUCCCAGUUGUUUUCACAAUCCCUUCUCACACCCCCAUGCAAUCCUAUUCCCCCUUCCCCCUCUUCCCUCUGUUUCUUCACCCCAAGCCCUCCUAUGUAAGCCUCCUUGCCCACAUUUCCGCCCUGUGGGUGUUUCAGUCCAGGGCUUACCUGGGAGGGAGUGGGGCCAGGGCACUCCCAGGUGUUUUCACAAUCCCUUCUCACACCCCCAUGCAAUCCUAUUCCCCCUUCCCCCUCUCCCCUCUGUUUCUUCACACCAAGCCCUCCUAUCCCUACUAUGUUAGCCUCCUUGCCCACAUUUCUGCACUGUGGGUGAUUCAUUCCAGUGCUUACCUGGGAGGGAGUGGGGCUAAGGCACUCCCUGGUGUUUUCGUGGAAUCUUCUCACACGCCCAUGCAAUCAUAUCCCCCCGUCCCCCUCUCCCCGUGUCGAGCACCGUAUUAUCAACAACGGUUCCAAUGUGUCGCACGGUCCUGGCAUCAACGGCAGGAAGGUUUGCGAGUAUCUAUAGAAAGUGACGGCAUGGUGCAAGGGGCUGGCAUUAUGGGCCCCUCAGUCAACGGGAGCGGCCCCUGGUACAAGGCCUGUUUAAGGGCGUGGGCCUUCUCUACGACCGGAAAGAUACUCAUCUCCAUCGACGGCAUUGAAGACACAAAGGGCAUCAACCGCUUUGCGCAGCCUGCACCUGUCCCGGCCGCGCAGCCUGUGCCGGCCCCAGCCGCGCAGCGUGUGCCGUCCCCAGCCGCGCAGCCUGUGCCGGCCCUAGCCGCGCAGCCUGUGCUGGCCCCAGCCGUGCAGCCUGUGCCUGUCCCGGCCUUCCAGCCUGUGCCGGCCCCAGCCGCGCAGCCUGUGCCUUUCCCGGCCGGUCCAUUUGUGCCUGUCCCUGCCGCCCAGGUAGCGCCUGUCACGUCCGCGCAGGCUGUGCCCGUCCCGGCCGCACGUCCUGGGCCUGCACCGGCCGCACAGGCAGGGCCUGCCCUGGUCACACAGGCUGGACCUGUCCAGGCUGCAUGGGGGGAAGGCUUUCUGUUUGUAUGA